UCAGAAGGGACGGGACAUAGGCUACGUAUCUAAACCUAUGCGCUGCUCACGGCUGCUCCGGAGUUGUGGAGUCGACGUUAUAUCACAAAACCCAGGGUCUAAGGGAAAGUCGAACACCUACUUUUUUAUAUUUUUGGCACAACUUGGAUAACUUUGCCGAAUGUUGUUUUGCUUUUGGGGCUCAUGAACUUCACUCAGUUGAAGACUAGGAUAUAGCCUACGACUCGCAUCUUGAGGGGUAAAGUUCCUUUGGAGUUUUUUCUUUAUUCUCCUUUUCGACAGAUUUUGUGUAUUCUGGAAUAAAAUACUUAAUUUUAAAAAUUUCAGACAGAAUUUUGUCAAAUGGAAAUGGAGAAUAAAACUGUUUUGAGGAUUAACUCAAUUUUGCGGAUUUGAGGAGGCCGUUCCACUCCGUCGAGCUCGCAGAAUUUCCUCAGCGCAGACACAAUUUCGGCAUGUAGCAAAGGAAAUACGCUCCCAGUGAUCUUCCUCCAGUCCUCCUCUCCUCUUUCUCCUCUUCCAGACGUCUCAGGGAAUGGGCCAGCGCCUUCCCAGAGAGCACUGCUUCACCCUGGGGUGUGGCUGCCACGCGAGGGUGGGAAGAGCAGCAUCAACGUCCUAAAGCCCCACCCCCUCAUUCUCUCGUGACCUUUCACCUCUCACCGUACUGUGACCUCUGAGCCAUGCCGUUCAGGCUGAUGCUGCGUCGGACACGGCGCUACAACGUGCUAAGCAAGAACUACUUUGUGACGCGGAUUCGUCUGCUGGACAACAAUGUGAUCGAGUGUACUCUGUCUGUGGAGAGUACGGGGCAGGAAUGUCUGGAGGCCGUGGCCCAGAGACUGGAACUACGAGAGACCCAUUAUUUUGGCCUGUGGUUCCAGGGGAAGGCCCAGCCCCAGUCCCAGCGCUGGGUUGAGCUGGAGAAGCCUCUGAAGAAACAGCUGGAUAAGUUUGGCAACGAGCCACUGCUCUUCUUCGGGGUCAUGUUCUACGUCCCCAAUGUUUCACGCCUUGAGCAGGAGGUCACCAGGUAUCAGUACUACCUGCAGGUGAAGAAGGAGGUGCUGGAUGGACGUCUCCACUGUACCGUAGAGCAGGGCAUCAGACUAGCAGGCCUAGCAGUGCAAGCUGACUUUGGGGAUUUCACACAGUUCCUGUCUCAGGACUUCCUCAGGGAGUAUGUGCUCUUCCCAGUGAACUGGCCUCAUGUAGAUGAGGUGCUGGAGGAGUGGACUCAGAAGGUGGCGGAGGAACAUAAGAGUCACUGUCGAAUGCAGCUUGCAGAAGCAGAGUUGCUCUAUAUCAAGGAGGUAGAGAAGCUGGAUGGCUUUGGACAGGAGAGCUUUGCUGCUAAGGACACCUACACCAAUGACAUCUUCAUUGGUGUGUCCUUCAUCGGAGUCUUCGUCAAACACAGGAAUGGCAGGUCCAUCAUGCACCACAGAUGGAAAGACAUUGGUAACAUAGCGCACAACAAGUCGGCCAUCACAGUAGAGAUAACCAGUAAAGAUGACACCAUCAUGUUUCACACGGAUGACAUAGAGCUGUCCAAGUACAUCGCUCGGCUCUUCACGGCCAGACACAAGUUCUACAAACAGAACAAGAUCUGUGCAGAACCCGCCCACUCCCCUGCACCUAUCAGGAGGCGCCCCACCUGGACCCACCGCCUCUCUCUGCCACGGCCACAGUCCUGUAUCCUCCAGCCAAUGCACUCCCAGUAUGCAGAGCAUUACCAGGACACACAGAGCUCUCAAGACAGCAUAUUCCAUGAAGACCCCUACUACAAGUCUGAGACUAGUCUGGACCGGUGUCCGGUCGAAUUCGGCUUCCGCAAUGGAACUGUUCCCAAUGGCAGCAUGUACAGUAGUCCUAGCCUCAGCUCCCUUAACCACUCCCAAACCUUCGUACAACCUUCACCCAUCUCCUCUAACCUCAGUAUCCCUGGCAGCGAGCUGAUGCGCCCCGACUACAUCCCGAGUCAUCGCCAUAGCGCCAUCAUCGCCCCUUCCUAUAGGCCCACGCCAGAGUAUGAAGCUGUGAUGCGCCAGAAGUGCCACAUGCUCCCCGCCCACCAUGACCUUCACAGCCAAUCACUGAGGAGUCUCAAUAUUAGUAAUGCCUAUGCAUAUCGUCAGCCAGAGGCGUUGGUUUAUAGCCAGCCAGAGAUGAGAGAGAGGGGCCCCUAUCCAGGACCUAACCCUUAUGGCCCUCAGGUCAGCUACAGUAAGCCUGUGAACCCUGCUCCUCACCUGGGCCCCGGAGCCAGUCAGGGCCACUGCCAGUCUGCAUGUGGAGGAGGAGGGGGUGGGAGCUCCAUCUCUCACACGGUCAGCACGCCUGAACUAGCCAACACCAAACAGGGGGCUACUACAGGGAGCUACGGCGCAACGGCUAACAUGCUGAGGAACCACAUGUCGCGGCCGCCCCCACCCUACCCAUCCUUCCGACCCGCCACAAGUACCCCGGACCUGGCCAGCCACCGGCACCGCUGCAUGGGCGGCAGCAGCCCCGAGCUGGUCACCCGCAUGGUGCAGCUGUCGGUGAAGACUUUCCAGCCGGACAGCUCUGCCGUGGUGCACCAGUCUCUGCAGGAGGUUAGCGAACCGCUAACUGCGGCUAAGCACCGAUCAGCCCUGGGGAAGAGACACAGCAUGGAAGUGACCAGCAGCAUGAGGGGGGGAGGAGGGGGAGGAAUGGAGGGCAUGGUGGUUCUGAAGGGGAUGGCUGCCCCACUAAACAGGAGGAAUACUCUCAGAGAGCACGUGAUGCCACCCCAGACCCAGCCUCAAUCACAACCAUCCCAAUCCCAAUCUCACCAGCCCAAAGAGCUGCCUGUGCAGAGAGCCCCAGAGACCCCCAUCCCGUCCUCCACGGCGCAGGGAGUGGGCGGGGCCUACCAGCACCAGAAGACCCUCUCCAACGCCACCAUGCUGAUUCACAGCAGUGAGAGCGAGGAAGAGGAGGAGGAGGAGGAGGAAGAGGAGAGGCCUGAGCUGGACGUUCAGAUCCCAGGUCUGAACGAGGACAUUAAUGCCCAGCUCCAGGCCGCCCUUGCCAAGCUCCCCAACAAGCCCCCUCCGGAGUACCCCGGACACCCUAGACCAGCCACCAACGCCCCCCUCCGCUCCCGCGAUCACAGCCACCCUCACCACCACAACCAGGGACACCAGACCCAGGGAACCAAGGACCCAAGCCAAGCCCAGGCCAGGGUGCUGAAAGCUGGGCAGAGUCAGGGCGGUGUAGGGGGUGGUGGUGGUACCCUGACCCGUGGGGAUCAGGCUGGAAUGAAUGGGGCAGUGCUGGGGCCGUCAAUCUCUGAGCCAGACCUGACCAGUGUGAAGGAGAGGGUCCGGAAGGAGCCAGUCAAAGAGAGGCCAGUGUCUGAGAUGUUCUCUCUAGAGGAUAGCAUAGUGGAGAGAGAGAUUGCACAGAGGACGCUGGAGAGACAGAAGAUGUCGGUGGACUCAAUAAAGAGACCUCUGAUGAUGGCGGCCCUCAACGGGCUCUAUGUCGCCAGGGUGCCUGUACCAGAGAACCCCCGGGAGGAUGGGGCCAAGGCUGCUGAUGAACGGUGUAAGACCCUAGAGUUGAAGUUGGAGGAGGAGAGGGUCUUCACGGAGUACGAGCAGAUCCCAAAGAAGAGGGCCGACUGCGUGGUCACCACGGCAACGCUGCCCGACAACGGCGAGCGGAACCGGUUCCGUGACGUGGUUCCGUAUGAGGAGAACCGGGUGGAGCUGGUUCCCAACAAGGAGAACAACACAGGCUACAUCAAUGCUUCACACAUCAAGGUGAUGAUCAGUGGGGAGGAAUGGCACUAUAUCGCCACCCAUGGACCGCUGGCCAACACCUCUGCAGAUUUCUGGCAGAUGGUCUGGGAGCAGGGAGUCAACGUCAUCGCCAUGGUUACUGCCGAGGAGGAGGGUGGUAGGUCAAAGAGCCACCGGUACUGGCCCAAGCUGGGCUCCAAGCACAACUCAGCCACCCACGGCAAAUUCAAGGUGACCACCAAGUUCCGUACGGACUCAGGUUGCUACGCCACCACAGGGUUAAAGGUCAAACACCUGCUGUCGGGCCAGGAGCGCACCGUGUGGCACCUGCAGUACACUGACUGGCCGGACCACGGCUGCCCCGAGUACGUCCAGGGAUUCCUCUCUUACCUGGAGGAGAUCCAGUCAGUGAGAAGACACACUAACAGCAUGCUGGACACCUCCAAGAGCCUCAACCCCCCUGUGGUGGUCCACUGUAGUGCUGGGGUGGGCCGCACCGGGGUCGUCAUCCUCACCGAACUAAUGAUCAGCUGCCUGGAGCACAACGAGAGGGUAGAGGUCCCUAUGAUGUUGAGUCACCUGAGGCAGCAGAGAAUGCUCAUGGUCCAGACCAUCUCCCAGUACAAGUUUGUUUACCAGGUCCUUAUCCAGUUCCUCAAAAACUCCCGCCUCAUCUAAACCCUCACCUCUGACCUUUGACCUGGUCCCACAUGAGCUGACACAAGGGCAAUGGAAUACUGGUGCCGCAAAUAACCCCCCUCCCCGCAGUCCUAGAGGGCUGGGUAAGUGUGAGUAGCAUGGUGAUGGCCUCACUCAGCCCUCUGGUAUGGUAGGAGUUUCUGACAUAUUGCUUACAUCUAUCUAGUCCUAUCAAAUGUUUUCAGAUUUGAACACAGCCAGGGACAACUAGUAUAUCCUAACAGUAAUUAUACAGUGUGUAUAUUUCAGACCUCCAAAUUGAAUCUGAAAAGUGACCUACUAUUCAGUCUGUCUCUCUUCUUUAUCUUGGAGAGUGAGGCUUUUCCGUUGUAUUAGUGAUGGCCUCUCUGUCCUAUGUCUUGUCAAUGGAGAAACCUGAGAGAGAUACAGACCAGACUAGCAUUCUAGAUGUUAGCGUUUAAAGUCACAUGCUAAAUGAUGAGUGUUGGUCGUUUCUUACCUGAGUUUAAACCAGGUAAACCCAGGAGACGAUUAUCUCAGCAUUUUCACAUGUAUUCCUUUAAAACAAAUGCUAAUUGAAUAACCUUUUGGAAUAUGGUUCCCCAUAUUAAUAAUGGCAUUUCAAAUGUAAGGCUAAUGCACCCUUGUUAAUCAAAUUGAACUGAAAUCUAGGAAAAGGUUAAUGACAUGGCAUUGUUUUUCAUUGAAUAUGAUGCAGAGCUGAGAAACUGUCAUUUUGUCCACUCAAUUAGAUGAUAAAGCUAACGUUACAUAAAUGUUUUUUCAGGUGCCACUUAGAAAAUAAAAAAAACAGGACAUGGCACUGUUGGUUGUUAUUUCAAGUGUUGUAGAAUCAUAUGUUUUUCUAAGCUGUCAGAAACCUUUCUAAAUCUAUGGUGAGACAGACAAUUGUAAGAUACAGUGAAGACUUGUCUCAACAUUUCAAUAUUUAAUAUUGUUGUAUUUUUUUUAUUUUUGACUUUUAUUUAUUUAUCCUAACACCAUCCUCAUAUUUUUUCCUGAAUGUGGCUCAUUGGAGUGCAUGUUGACAGUCGGAUGAUCUUUGCAGAUAGUUCUGUGGACAUUUGAGUAGGACGUGUCUAAAAUUGUCAUUGCCCUUCAAGUAUUCCACUCUCCACUCACCUACUUCCAGAUAUCUCAAAUUCCUCAUUGUCUUGACUGGUAGUACAUCUAUUGUUCUUUUUCAUCCUCAGCAUUACAUUACAUUACAACAUUACAGUAUGUCCAUUUACAGAGGCAUGUCAAAUACAUAUAUGUUUAUCCCAGACAUUUCCAUUGUGAUUAUCUCCUGUGUUCUCUCCCAAGUAGUUUGACAUAUUGUAGGCGUUCCUUUGCCUUUCUUUUCAUGAGUCUAAUGUACAACGCCCAAAGGUAUUUUAGUUCUAGAUCCUACAUGUGUGUAGCCCCAGAUGCCAGUAUGUCUCUGUUCUAGUUGGCUAAAGCAGACUGACACUCAGGCUGCUGAAUGUUAUGUAGGCCCCAGUGUGUCACACUGUGCCACUCUACAGAGGGGUCCAUGAAAGUUCAUGUGGAAUAGAGAAGUUUGUGUUCUGAUAUGGUGGCAGUGAGCCAAAUCCAGAAGGACAGAUAGAGCUGAUCCCUAAGACGGAGGACAGACAGUAAUUAAAGCGCAGGGAUGGGCUACCCGGAUGUUUGUUUCCAUAGGGAGGGACUGGUAGAGACCAAUCAGAUUCAGAGCUAUAGAUCUACAGUUUGACAAACUUCCAUCUUGGCACCAAAGUUUCCAUUUAGAUUUGGUCUAUUUGAUAUAAUGUUAUUGUCUCUUGGUGCCAAUAUAGUGUCCAAUGUGUUUUUUAAUCUCAAAUUGAGUUUGCCAAACGGUAUAUCAAUGGCUCUGAAUUGAUGUUAUAAAUCUAUUUUGAUAUUAUAGACCAGCUAGAUAUGAUCUGUUUUAGACCGUAUAUUUAUCGACCGACAUGGGUUGUGUCUAGGGUUACAAAAUUCCAGGAACUCAAUAAAUUCCCUGGUUUUCCAGAAAUCAUGGUUGGAAGACACCGGAUUUCCUGCUUAUUCCCUCCUUAUUCUGGGGAUUUCUGGAAAACCAGGGAAUUUAUUGAAAGUCCCAGGAAUUUUGCAACCUUAGUUGUGUCCCAAAAAGGUUUCAGUGACCAACCAGUCAAAGCCUCAAUGGCUGCCAUUUGUUUUUGUAUAACUGUCAAAUCUAUCCCUGUAAGGAUCUUAGGGCUCAAUUCAUUCUGUAUCGCUGAAGCUCUACAGAUGGCGUGAUUGAAAUUCAAUUUCCGAUUGAGCCGAAAUCUGCAGCGUUUACCGUGAAUGCAGUCUCCUCUAAAGCAGGAAAAUUGCCUUUAAAUUUCAAUCACGCAGUAAUGCUGAACAUCCGCACUACAAAUUGAAUCCAGCCGUUAGUGUUCCUAUGUGCCUAAACCCAGCUAUGGCUGCAUCCUCCAUAAUCUGUGUUGUGUUGUUUUUCUAUAUCUGUGAGAGUUGUGAUGCAAAGCCAGCCAUGUCUAAAUGAAUGUGUGUAUACCGGGCAUGCCAGAAACAUUUCUACAAAUGUUUAGAUUUUUGUUUGACUUGGUACCCUUAAAAUACCGUAAGAUAAUGAACUAUGCAUGCUUUUUUUUAUAUUCCAAUGUAUAUACCUAUACUCAAGAUACGUAUAUACGCUUUAUGUUCUCUUGACAAAUGAGUGUUCUAUUGCAUUCUCUUCUGUUUGUGAGUAUUUUCCCACAUUGCAUUCAUGUUAAUGUGUUAUUUUCCAUUUCAUGUUUCUGGCAUAAUUCCUGAGAAACUUUCAAUAUAUGUUGUGUAUAUAUGUUUUGUAUAUGCUUUUGCCAGUGCAUCAAGUCUUUUUUUCCCUCCUACCCCCAGUUAUGUAUGAAGCUGUCAUACUUGCUUAUUAUGCAAUAAAGCAUUAUUUUCUCUA